AUGACCUGCUCAACGCGAAUCCAGCACACUCAGGCGGCAUCAUGUCCCAGCGAGGUCAUAGCGUCUCCUGCGUCCAUGUUUCUAUCCGCCUUUAGUCCUUCGCCCUCUGUUGGUGGUGACGAAGUCGUGGCUGGUUACACGCUAGGAAAGAUUAUUGGCUAUGGUGGAUUCUCCACGAUACGCAGGGCCUACUCUCCAUCAGGUGGUGCUGUCGCUGUCAAGAUUGUCCGUCAUUCAGAUCUGCUUAGUCAAGGCAAAGCUUCACUGGCCCGGAAGCGUCUCGAGCAUGAAGCUGAAGUGUGGGCGUCACUUAGCCAUGAGCACAUCUUACCUCUCUUCUCCACGGCCCAUACACCCACUGCUGAUUACUUCUUUAUGCCCUUCUGCCCGGCCGGCUCUCUUUUCGACAUACUCAAGCGAGAAGGGACUCUGCCGCAGGAUGAAGCAGGUAUGAUGUUCAGACAAGUGGUCAGAGGACUGAGAUAUUUGCAUGAGGUCGCCAUGUACGUUCAUCGGGACAUGAAACUCGAAAAUGUUUUGGUCGACGACAUGGGUACGUGUCGCAUUGGAGAUUUCGGCAUGGCAAAGAGGAUCGGUGAGGGCGAGAAUGCUGUAGAGACGGAUGACGAACCCGAAGGCUCCAACACGGGCAUUCAACGGGCUGUGUCGGUAUCCUUGUCGACUCUACCCAAGCGACACCUCAAAGCGGCACUGCUUGCACAUCAUUUGCCAAGACACCGCAAUUCGACUACGUCUUCGGCUCAGUUCGCUGAGAAGGUCCACUCGUUCCAGCCAGGCUCGUUACCCUACGCCGCUCCUGAACUAUUAUCAACUCUCCCUUGCCUCCCCGAUCCUUCACAGGACAUAUGGGCUCUCGGCGUCAUGCUCUUCGCGCUAUUGACGGGAAGGCUCCCCUUUGUGGACUCCUUUGAACCACGAUUACAAAUCAAGAUCCGGCAUAGUGACAUCAGCUUUCCAUCUGAUGUUGGUCGUAGUACGGAACGAGUACUUCGGGGAUGUCUGGACCGAAACGUCUCAUCACGUUGGACAAUUGCCAUGGUGGAUGAGGUCGCGUGGGGUGUAGGAGGAGGAAGCGAAGGUGACGAUAUUGCACCUCCUGAGAUUGACGAUGACGUUUCAGCUCACCGUUCUUCUCCAACUACUCCUCAAACCCAUUCGCGGCCCCGAAGCGUCGACGUUCCGGACUGGGAACAGGAGGACGGGCCGACGAGGCCGUCCAUGAGCACAGCUGCUAGGCGGUCUACAUCUCGUGCCCGACGUUCGUUAUCUCGCGCACCAGUGUUAACGGAUAUGGGGAGCAUGGAACGGAGUAUCUCAAGGCAUGCUGUCCCUGCACUUGAUUCCUCCAUUAUAAGUCUGCAAUCUUCGUCCUCAAUAGCGUCUUCCCCACCGUCAUCGGCACCUCAUUCUCUUGAACGUGGUCGUGGCCUACAAAAAAGAUCCCCGUUCGUGACAUCUGUUUCACGAUCCAAUAGCCCUUGUAUCCUCCCGACAACCCCUUCUGACUACAAUAUGCCAUCCAUGCUGCCUAUUAGCGAGCUGGAACGACAACCAUCUCGUGGCCGCAAACACUAUACUGACACCACACGCGGUCCCUUAUUAUCACCCACCAGCGAGCUUGAUGCUGCUGACGAAUGGGAUACCUUGGAAUUACACUCAUGCACCCUGAAAGAUGUGCCUCCUGUAUCCAAUGCCAGCAAAAGAGCGGAAAGCUUGCCACCGACGUCCACCAAAUGGGCUGACGUCAUUCACACCAAGUUCGAGUCUUCACCGGGCUUGUACGCAACACCUCCACUAGUUAUCGCAUGUUCGACACCAAAUGGUGUUCGGAGCAGAAGUAUGGGACCAAGACGCUGA